GAAAUUGCACUGGAAUGAACGACAACUUGCAGUGAUAUCCAAAGCCAUUUGAUCUUCUAAAGCUGCUUACCUGAUGCAUGUUUUGAAUUUUCAGGCUUCGAGGACAGGGCUGAGGAUGGCAGAUCUGGUUGGCGACUUUGCUGUAUUCGAACAGAGGUUCCGGAGUCUGGUGGCCACGCACCAGCGGCUAUUUCCUGCCCUUAAGGUUGAUCUCGACGUGGAGCUCAUCAAAUACAAGGAUCUGGCGAUGAAACUGCGGCCGUUCGUCAUCGACACCGUGUCAUGCCUGCACGAGGCCUUGGCUCAAGGCAAGAACAUCCUCGUCGAAGGCGCCAACGCCUGCCUGCUAGACAUUGACUUUGGGACGUACCCAUUUGUGACGUCUUCAAACUGCACUGCGGGCGCCGUCUGCACGGGACUCGGCAUUCCACCACGAGCCAUUGGACACGUAUACGGGGUGGUCAAGGCCUACACGACACGGCUCGCUGAUGGCCCUUUCCCCACCGAACAGAAGAAUGCAAUGUCGUCCUACAGUGUCGUCCGCAAGCAGCUGGACCCACAACAUCUGUUGGCUGAUUUCGUGAUCGUUUGA